CAAGUUGGAUGAUAACCCAGUCUUGUGAAUCACUAGACAAAACGUAUAAUCUCGUCACACGUCACAAAAGCGGCUUCGGUGAAACCCACGGCACGUACCGAAUUACCGGAAAAAUCGCGGGAAGUAAUUGUGUCGAAAUUUCUUAAAUAAGCCUCAUUCCCUUACGAUAGUUCAACAAGUGCUUUUUAGUAGUGCGGAUUUAAGUGUUUUUUGUAUCCAAAAUGAAUCCCUACCAGCAAGGCCAAACGGGAUAUCCUCAGCAGCAGUAUAUGCAUAAUAUAGGAUUUAGCAAUGCCGCUCCGCAGUCGUUCGGCAAUCCUAUGCCUAUGCCUGGUAUGCCAACCAUGGGGUACCCGGCACCACCUUCAGGGUACCCUCAGUCUAACUCUGGAUAUCCCCAGUCUACUGGGCAACCCGGCUACCCACAAUCUAAUGCUCAAUAUCCAACUGCUCAAACCGGAUACCCACAACCAGGAGGUUAUCCUAGUGCCAAUCAGGGAUACCCAGGUGCUAACCAUGGCCACCAAAAUGCCAAUCAGGGGUAUCCCAGUGCCAAUCAAGGGUACCCCAGGGCCCAAGGGUACCCUAGUGCUUACCAAGGCUACACACCAGCCGCCCAAGCACCCCAAGUGCAACAGGGGUACGCUCAAAGCCACUCUCAGCCACAAAGCCACUCUCAGCCACAUAGCCAACAUGCUUAUGGUCAAUCAAGCUCUGUACCAACACCAAAGUCAAAACCCACGGUGGUCCCGGUGAACCCCUUCGACCCCCGCGAGGAUGCGGCCGUCCUCCGCAAGGCCAUGAAAGGCUUUGGAACGGACGAGAAGGCCAUCAUCCAGGUGCUCACGCGCCGGAGCAACGAGCAGCGGCUGCGCAUUGCGUUUGAGUUCAAGACGCUGUACGGAAAGGACCUAAUCUCAGACCUGAAGAGCGAAACAAGCGGCAAGUUCGAAGAUAUCCUGGUGGCGUUGAUGACGCCACUGCCCCAGUUCUACGCCAAGGAGCUCCAUGACGCCGUGGCCGGCAUCGGCACGGACGAGGACGUGCUCAUCGAGGUCAUGUGCACCAUGUCCAACCAUGAGAUCCAGGUCAUCAAGCAGGCUUACAAUGCCAUGUACGGAACUCUAUUGGAGGACGACCUACGCGGAGACACGUCUGGAAACUUCAAGAGGCUAAUGACCUCACUGAGCAUGGGCAACAGGUCUGAGGAGUUCCACGUGAACCAAGAUAGAGCGAGAGAGGAUGCCAGGAGCUUGCUACAAGCCGGCGAGCUGCGACUCGGCACCGACGAAUCGGUGUUCAACGCCGUCCUCUGUUCGCGUUCGUUCACACAGCUGGCCGCCAUCUUCCAAGAGUACCAGUUCCUCACCGGACACGACAUCGACGACGCCAUCAAGGCUGAGUUCUCGGGCGAUAUGGAGAAGGCUCUCCGUGCCAUCGUGAAAGUGGUCCGCAACAAGCCGCUGUUCUUCGCGGAGCGGCUGCACAAGUCGAUGAAGGGCAUGGGCACCAACGACCGCCAGCUCAUCCGCAUCAUGGUGACGCGCUGCGAGAUAGACCUGGGCGACAUCUCCGACAUGUUCCAGGCCAAGUACGGCGAGACGCUGCAGAGCUGGAUCGAGGGCGAUUGCUCCGGGCACUACAAGAAAACUCUCCUGGGCCUGCUCGGCUUGUAUUAAUCUCUAACGAAUCUACUUAUUAAGCAUCAUUUUUUUAAAUAAUAACAUCUGUACGUUGUAUUACCUUUAAGUACUUCUAGCGUCCAUGGAAGCCUCAUUGAUUUAUUAAUCGUCAAAAAUUUGCUGUAUUACUAGAAUCUCAAUGAUUAGUACAUAUUAGAAUGAUUUUAUAUUGUUUACCUUAAAAUUUCAUCUCGAGUGUCAUACGUAGUAUAUAUUUAUAUCUGUGUUGUCAAACGAUUGAAUUUGGAUGGUACUCUUAUCUGCUUUUGCAGGUCAUUAAAUAUUAAUUAUGGUUGUUGUAUUUUAUAUUAUAAUUAUAUACAAUUUGAAAAUGUUACAAACCUUAGUUUGACACUAUAAUUCUAUUAUAUGGCUCUUUUAUAAAACAAUGAAGUUAACGAGAUAUUACUAUUAAUUUUAAACAUUUUUGAAUUUUUGAAUAUAUAUUUUGACAUAAAAGAAUAAACUUUAUCGCGUUGCCUCCAUUUAUGUGCCUUCGUAUUGCCUAUAUAUAAUAUAUAAUAUUUCGAAAGUUCUAUAUAUAUUUACUACUUUGGCUAUGACUGGAGUAUAAAAAAGGCUCAUGAGUAUAACUCGGUUUACAAUAAAGCUGAGCAAAGAUAAAACACAAAAUAAUCUGUUUAGAAAUGUAGUAUAUUUAGUUCUAUGCAAAAUAUUAUCUUGAAAGACUAUUUCUAAUGUCUUUUAUUUUAGGAAAUGUUAAUAUGCAUUGCAUAUAUAAUAAACAUAUAAAAGUACAGCUUAUCUCUUAAGGGAUCUAUUCCAGGCUCCAUUUUCUUCAACCUUCGAGAAAAUGAGGAAUAUGUUAUAAAAUAAGCUAUAGAUUAGUGAUAUCACCGUGAUUGCCAAACAUCUGUCCACCAAAAUAUAGGCGCCUUUCUAUUCUGUUAUUAUCUUAAAUUUUGAUAAUGAACCCUUCAGUUUAUGUCAUUAUUUAUAAGAUUAUUUCUUUGAAUAAAGUCUUAUUGAUUGCCCUUCCUUAAAUUGGAUAUUGGAACAUUAAACAGAAUCUUAACGUUAUAAGUAAGUCAUAACUCGAAUAAGUUUUAGCCACUGAUUUCUUGUUAUAAAUUGCCAAACGAAAAUUACUAAAUUUAUUAUUAACAAACGCCAAUUCCUGUCAAUUGUUCUGUCAAUCAUAAAUUCUCAUUAAUUGAUGUCACAUAAUAUUUCUUUCAUAUUGUCAAGCAUUUUUACUACAGAUAUCCUGAAUACAAGCGAUGUGCGUUUGGUUAGACAUUAAACCGUUUCACCACUCACGAUUAAGAUUAUUACAUGUAUUUGUGUUUGACUACAUUAAGCAUAUUUGCUAUGGAUAUACAUACACGAUGGAUUGGUUGUAAAUAUACUACUACAACACACAAACAAUAAGUCAUAAUCAUGUAGGGUUAAGGAGGGAACAGUGAUUCGGAAAAAAAAACAGACGUGUACAGUGGCUCACUCAACCUAAUUCCAAUAUGAGAGAGGCUAUUUAUAACAGAAACAUUCAGUAAUCGAACUAAUUCAAAUGGAGCUACGGUGUAUAGCGAUAUUUGGGCGACUGAGCCACUGUUUGCGUUGAUCCACUGAUCCAACAUACUUUUAGAAGCACAAAUCCAUGUCUCUUGUAUUCAGAUAUCGUACUUUUCAGAGCCCACCUCUAUGCUAAGAGCACGCCUUUAUAGACAUAAGUACAGUAAGUUUAUACUAUAUACUGCUUCAAUGUGACUGUGGCUUAAAUAUAAAAUAGUACAUGUGGCCAACAUUUCUCAAAUAUUAUUGUUAUAAAAUGUUAUGUAAAGUAUACACUUAAAUUAGUCAUAUGCCUAUUUAAUAAAUGGUCUAAUGAGAACAUUA